GCGGCCGCCCUUCCGUUUGCGGGGAGGGGGCCUCGUGCGCCGGGGCCGCGACGGGCAGGGCUGCACCGCGGGGCCCAGCCGCCUAGGGUCCCCGGGGCCUGGGCCCGCACCCCUCUCGGCCGGGAGCGGGAAGCGCGGGCGCCGAGCCGAGCAGCCGAGCGAGCGGGCCCUGCACCCCAGGGCCGGCCCCGGCUUCUGCCCCGCGUGCACGGGCCCCGGGCACCUGUCCUGCGCGUGUGCCCGCCUGACGCUGCGAGGUGGGCUGUUGGUCCCGGAAUCCGCGCGGACAGCCUCGCCCCGCCCCGCCCCGCCCCGCCCCGUCCAGCCCGAGAGGCCGGGGGCCGUGAUUCUGGGGCGGGGUGGUGCGUGGUGCCUUCUGACGGCCCCGCCCGGUGUGGGUACCCUCGAGGCUCCGACCGGCCUUUGCCGGAGGGGAAGUUGUGCGGGCGCGGCGGGGGAGGGGCCGUUUUGUCACCCGGGGUGGAGAGACCGAAAUGGCCAUGAGGAGAUGGGCUCCUGCUCGGUCCCGCUGGGGCCAGGGCCGCCAGGGGGCGGUGGCCAGCAGUGCUCAGGGCCGGCUCCCUGCAUUUGAGGACUGGCUCCUCACUUCCGGGUCUGAAUGUCCCCUGGGGAAGGCUCAGCGAUGGCCGCAGGCCCCGGCGCUAGAGACCAGCCUGGGCGCCUCUUCGCCCGGGUCUCUGCGGCAGAAAUGCUGUGCACCUGGGCUCUUCCACAACGGCCAGGGUGCUGUCAGUGGAGCCGCUUAAUUAGCAGGGAGGGGAACUGGGGUGAGGGGUGCCUUGCAGUGGCAUCUGUUCUCCAGGAGCUGCCGGGCAGGAAGAGGCUGCCCUGGCUCUGAAGGAGCGUCUUGUGUCCUUCCAGGCUCACACCCUCCCAGCAGGCAGUGACUAGGAGGCUAGCAUGGAGUAAGAGUCUAAUAGGACUGAGUCUGUGACACCUGCUGGUUCCAAAGUAUCUUUGAUUUAGCCCAAGACCAGAGAGGACAAGGCUAGAUAAGCUCUUGAGAAAAGUCCUCUGAAGACACAGAUUGGUGGCAGCUACCUUCCAGGCCCUGCCCCUUGCACAGACCCCGUGGUGGGCACGGGCACCCCACAGUGCUCGGGGAGGCAGCAGUCAUCCCGUCCUCCGGGACCAGGGGGCAGUAAGUGCAGACCACAGCACUCUUCUCCAGAGGCUCAUAGGAUCUGCCCUGGCACUGCCCCUGGGCUUCACUGGGAAACCUCUUGCACAUUAUUCCCUGAUGCUUGCUCCCUGAGGGUCCCCCCUGCGCUGUUCCUCAAGCUCAUGCCCUGAAGUCCCCGCCCCGCCACGCCCCGACAGCCGGCUCUAGUUGGUAUCCAGGGGCAUAUGCAGGUGCCUCUGUGCCAAGGCUCUCCCUGACCAGCUUCUCCUUCCACAUCAUUGUGGCCACAUCUGUGUGGGCUGUACACCUUGCUAUUGUUUCUUGUCUGCUUGCCCCCUAGAGAGUCAGCCCUAAGAGGAAGGGACCUCAGACUCCCUUGGCCCUGGGCAUGCUGGUGGACGAAUGAACACCUUCUGGUAACAACACGCCCCUCAGUCUGUCUCCUGUGCAUUCUAGGUGGAGAGGGGUUGCUGGCCCCACCCAAAGCAGUGGGAAGCAGGAGUCCUGCCCGGGGUUUCCAGGGAGAGGGGUGGGGGCAGUGCAAGUCCUUGGAGCCUGUUUCAGCCCCCCAGUUCUCCAUCUUCUCAGAGAAAGUUGCCCUUAUACCUCUGUCUCUGAGCCAGUCUGGGACCCCUGGGGCCAGACCCCAGUAGACCAGCUCCUCCCUCCCUUCUCCUGGCCUUAUUUUACUCAGUCACCUGGCAAACUUCCCUAAACCUGGAUGGGGUGUCAGGCUCCAGUGGAGGACCUGGAACUGCAUGCCCCAAUGCUGCAGCCCUGCCCAGGACAGCUCCAGCCUCCCAGAGUGUGGGCUGGUCCCUGCCCAUCUUCCCAGGCAGGGGGUCAGGAGGAAGAAGCUCCUGUGGGCAAAGACAAGUAGGUCAGUCCUGCCUCUGGGUGCCUCUGGAGCAGGGGCAGACACCUAUGCUCCCUGGGCAGCCAGGAGAGGCUGCCCCUGAGACAGCUCCAGAGAGUGGGCCCCCUUCAGGUGUGUGAACCCUAUGUGGAAAUUUUUCUUCCCUGAACCCCUUCUGGCUGUCUCGAUGUUGGAAACCAGGUCAGGAGGAAAGGUGCUACACGCGAUAAAUGGCUGGGGACCUGUGGACACAAGUCCCUUUCCAGGCUUGAGGAAAGAUAUGACCCACUCCUGCUGGGAGUGGGGCGGAACCUGCUCUUACUCCUGCCGCCAGGCUGGAGGGUAGCUGUGUCCCUGGCUGAAUGCUGAGCACUGUGUGGCCUUGGGGAGCGUGCUGGAGCCUACCCCUGGAGGGGCGGGGGCAGUUAUUCUGGGAUGCCACAGGAGGGUAGAGUGUCAGGUUUGUUUAUGCCUCUAGGAGGCUUUUUGGGGCCAGGAGUGGGAUGCCCAGCUCAGCACUGACAUUCAGCUCGGCUUGGCCCAGAGACACCUCAAAUUUCCCUGUCCUGUUUGGGGGGGUGGGGGGCUGACUUGGCAGGCCAGGGGUCUGGAGCUUUUUCUACUGUGUUCUGGGAGGGGUGUGCCGUGGUCCUUAGCAAGCCCUGGGCUGGCAGUGUGCCAGCCUGCGUGCAGGAGGGGCAGCUCACGCCCAAGGGCUGGCCUGAGGUCUGCCCGGGCCUUGCAAGGCUGUUGUCUCCAGCAGGUCAGUGCUAUUAAUAUCAGCUGAGCACACAGCCCCUAAUUGGGUGAUCCUCUUAUGCCUGUGGCCUGGGCUUCUGAGGCGGGCAGGGAGUGCUGUUCCUGCUGCACGGGGCUCCUGGGGGGCCCCACCCCCACUCCUCACCUGCUGUACCACCCACUCAUGGAGGGGCAGUUCAGGUGGCUCCUGAGCUGACCUGGGAGGCCACCGUGGGUCUAAGAGGCAGUGUGGUGAUGCCCCUGCACGCACCUGGGAUCCACCGCCAUCCUGGUACCCCUGUGUCCCAGCCAUGAGCAGCCCCCCAGCUUACCCUGGCAUCAGGAUCUCAGGGUGCUGGGCCCUCGGAGCGGAAGGCAGCAGUGCUGAGUCCCUGGACAGGCUCCUGCCUCCCGUGGGCGCCGGGCGCUCGCCCCGGAAGCGUACCACCAGCCAGUGCAAGUCUGAGCCGCCUCUCCUGCGCACCAGCAAGCGGACCAUCUACACAGCGGGGCGGCCGCCCUGGUACAAUGAACAUGGCACACAGUCCAAGGAGGCCUUCGCCAUUGGCCUGGGAGGGGGCAGUGCCUCCGGGAAGACCACCGUGGCCAGAAUGAUCAUCGAGGCCCUGGACGUGCCCUGGGUGGUUUUGCUGUCCAUGGACUCCUUCUACAAGGUGCUCACCAAGCAGCAGCAGGAGCAGGCCGCCCACAACAACUUCAACUUCGACCACCCGGACGCCUUCGACUUUGACCUCAUCGUCUCCACGCUCAAGAAGCUGAAGCAGGGCAAGAGUGUCAAGGUGCCCAUCUACGACUUCACCACCCACAGUCGGAAGAAGGACUGGAAGACGCUCUAUGGCGCGAACGUCAUCAUCUUCGAGGGUAUCAUGGCCUUUGCUGACAAGACGCUGCUGGAGCUCCUGGACAUGAAGAUCUUUGUGGACACAGACUCUGACAUCCGCCUCGUGCGGCGGCUGCGCCGGGACAUCAGUGAGCGAGGCCGAGACAUCGAGGGUGUUAUCAAGCAGUACAACAAGUUUGUCAAGCCCGCCUUUGACCAGUACAUCCAGCCCACCAUGCGCGUGGCUGACAUCGUUGUGCCCCGGGGGAGCGGGAACACAGUGGCGAUCGACCUGAUCGUGCAGCAUGUGCACAGCCAGCUGGAGGAGAGGAAGCUGCGCUGGGAUAUGGCCGCGCUGGCCUCAGCACACCAGUGUCACCCCCUGCCCCGGACGCUGAGUGUCCUCAAGAGCACGCCGCAGGUGCGGGGCAUGCACACCAUCAUCAGGGACAAGGAGACCAGCCGAGAUGAAUUCAUCUUUUACUCCAAGAGGCUGAUGCGGCUGCUCAUCGAGCACGCGCUCUCCUUCCUGCCCUUCCAGGACUGUGUGGUGCAGACCCCACAAGGGCAGGACUACGCGGGCAAGUGCUAUGCUGGGAAGCAGAUUACAGGUGUGUCCAUUCUGCGGGCUGGUGAGACCAUGGAGCCAGCGCUGCGGGCCGUGUGCAAAGAUGUGCGCAUUGGCACCAUCCUGAUCCAGACCAACCAGCUCACCGGGGAGCCUGAACUGCACUACCUGCGUCUGCCCAAAGACAUCAGUGACGACCAUGUGAUCCUGAUGGACUGCACUGUGUCCACAGGCGCUGCUGCUAUGAUGGCCGUGCGCGUGCUCCUGGACCAUGACGUGCCUGAAGACAAGAUCUUCCUGCUGUCGCUGCUCAUGGCAGAGAUGGGCGUUCACUCAGUGGCCUAUGCCUUCCCGCGAGUGAGAAUCAUCACUACGGCGGUGGACAAGCGCGUCAACGACCUGUUCCGCAUCAUCCCCGGCAUUGGGAACUUCGGUGACCGUUACUUUGGGACCGACGCUGUCCCUGAUGGCAGUGACGAGGAGGAAGUGGCUUCCACGAGUUAGCUGUGCAGGCUGAGCCACCCCCACCAGUCCCCGCCUGCCUCUUGUCUCUUGCUUUCCGAGUACAGAGAUGUUAACUUAUUUUAAUUAAAAAAGAUGUUACCAAUAACUUAUUCUAUACAUUUUGUAAAAUAAAUAAAGCUUUAGGAAAAUGAA